AUGAAGGGACACCUUAAGCCCCUAUUGUUGACAUUGAUGAUCGAGGGGCAAGAGGUGAAUAAGGUUUUGGUCGACGGAGGUGCAGCUGUGAACAUCUUGCCAAAAACAAUGCUGAAAAGGUUUGGGAAGUCUUUGGGCGACUUGAAGCCUCACAACAUAAUGAUUUCUGACUAUGCAGGGAAGUCUUCACACCCUGAAGGCAUGAUUCUGCUUGAUGUGCAGAUUGGGAGUGUGAAGAGAACCACUAUGUUUAUAGUGACGCCAUCCAAGGCAAAUUUCAAUGUUUUGCUAGGUCGAGAAUGGAUCCAUGGAGUAGGCGCAGUUCCUUCCACAGUGCACCAAAAGAUUUUCUUCUGGAAUGAUGAUGAAGGGUUAGAGAGGAAGAAAGAUUGA